AGCACUGCAAACAAGCACUGCAAGCACAAGCACACGGCACAGCGACGCCGAUCGAAGCCGCACAAGCACUGCAAACCAAGCACCGCAAACAUGCCGGCGAAAGUCAACCCGCUCACCCUCGAGAAGUGGACGCCGUCCGACGACGAAACGUUGCAGAGCGUCAUGGCCGGCAAGCUCCCGGACGUCUUUCGCGGGAGCCAGCCGAAGCCGCAGCCCGUGCCGACGCCGGCGGCCCAGUGGACGGCCAUGGCGGCCCACAUCUCGGCGAUCUUAGAUCAGACGCAGGAUAAACGAAGAUUCAUCCUGCACUACCCGCAGCAGGCGCCCUUCCAGGUCGCCGUCAUGUUCGACAUCGCCGAGCCCGUCAAAAAGUGCCCCGCCGGCGUCGGCGACGAGGGCGCGCCGCUGCUGGUCGCGCGCUACCGCAAGCACGACCCGGGCUGGGCCCCGGACGAGGCCAAGGAGGCCGUCGUCGACUUUUAUAAGCGGCAGCGCGACGGGUUCAUUCGCGAGGAGGCGGCCGUCGUGCAGCCCGGGGAGUCGAUCGUGGGCUUGGAGGCGCCCUCCAAAGAAUGCGUCGAGGAGUGCCUGCGACGGUUCGAGGCGAACGCGGAGUUGCUGGACUCGAGUUUUACGGACCGCUUCAGCGACUCGCCGGCGCGACGCCGUGUCGUUGAUUUAUCGCGUCGAUGGGAGAGUCGCGCUGAUCGCCGCCGCGCAGGUCAAGCCGACGUUCAUUGCCGCCAGAGCCGUCGAUCUGUCGAAGUUAGGUAAUGGCGCCUACGUGGAGCUGAAGGACAUGAAGACGGCCGGGUACGACGGGAUCCGGGGCCUCAUUCUAGCAAGGGCCGAGAACCACCCGGACCGGUGGGCCGUCGCGCCGAUCCACAAAAAACAUAAGAAGACCGUCGCGGCGCUCAAGCACGAGCGGCCCCUCGCGAUCAAGGACUCUUCUUUAGUUGUGGUGGACGCGUCGGAGGACGAGGACUCGGAGGACGACGUCGAGGACGCGGACUAGGGCGUAA